AGAUUCCUCCUGCCUCUUUCACGCUUCUUGCGACAUCGACCCUUUUCCCCUCUUCUACAAAGGUCGCCCAGAAGCUGCGGAAGGUUUGUUCUCUUCAUUCUUUUCUGCACACACACACACACACAGAUCAAACCGCUGCUUAGAUUCCCUGCACAUAGUUUCCUUUUCCCUUUCUAUUUCACACACACACACACGUAUAUAUAUAUUUAUUCUCCCCCUCUCAUCUGUCUUCUGUCUUCGUAGCAUUGGACAGACCACACAUACAUCCUGACUCGCUCUCUUCCACACAAUCGCACAGAAAGACAAUCACACAGGAUGUCUUCGUCGUCCAUCACCCCCGAGCAGGCCCUUGCCCUCACGGCGCCAACGGAAGACUUCCUCUGCCCUUUGACGGUCAACACCUACGGCAUCGAGUUCUACCAAUUCACCAUCCGUGACAUCGAGCAGAAUAAGGUGCUUUUCGAGGUUGGUCAGGUGCCGGAUGAUGCGGGGAGCGAGGACAUGCAGGAUGCGAUGGCGCGUGUGGCGCAGCUCUCUGCCGAGGAGGCGGCCGCAGUGCGGACCAUCCGCUACCAAUUCGCCCCGUCGUUCCUGCGCAAGCAGGCAGUAGGGGCGAAGCUAGUCUUCGGCAUCAACGGCGACCAGCCCGUACCGAAGUUCCGCAUGAUUGAGCGUCACUACUUCCGUAAUGUGCUGAUCAAGUCGUUUGAUUUUGAGUUCGGCUUCUGCAUUCCGCACUCGACAAACACGUGGGAGGCGAUUUAUGAUAUGCCGCGGCUGAACCCGGAGUGGGAGGAGGCAAUUAUCGCGAACCCCUACGAGACUGCCAGCGACAGCUUCUACUUCGUGGGUAACAAGCUCGUCAUGCACAACAAGGCUUUUUAUGCUUACGAUGGUCCUGAGCCGUGA